GAUCAUUAGAGUAAGUGACAUUGCGCUACGAGGAUAUUGCCUUGGUCGUGGCGGAGGCAUCACGCAUUACUCUCCAUCUCUCUCGAUUUUAUGUAAUUGAAAAUUUAAGAGUGCAUGGUUCAGUGCGUUGUGCUUUAAUAGAAUUUGAACUUAAUUUUACAAGAAUUACUGGAAGCGCUCAGUGUGUCGGAUUUUAUUGCCGGAAGAACUAGUGCCAUUAAUUGUUGACGUAUUAAUAUUACCACAAUAUGUAUUCGUUCAAACUACUGAAUGUCUCCCUGGCGUUCGUGCUUUGUUGGAAGUGUGCGUAUUUAUAUCAAGGAAGGAUUCCCUUAGGUGCCAUAUUUGACUGGGAUGACAAGGAGGCGAAAACCGGGUUCCUCUCCGCCAUUUCCUACUUUAACAAACGUAAAGAAGAAACGUUCCAACUCUCUGCCGUUGUUGACGUCAUUGACGUCAGUGAUAGCUACAACCUCGCUACAUCAAUUUGCUCACACAUGGAGACGGGCGUGUUUAUGUUGUUUGGUGGUCGGCGAUUUGAGUCGAGCAGCAUCAUCGAGGCGUACUCGCAGACGUUCCACAUUCCGUAUGUAUCUCCAAGCUUCGCGGAUAACGUUGGGCGACACCUGCCCUCCUACCAGCUCCACAUGCGGCCCUCCCAUACGCGCGCUCUUGUCGACGUCAUUGAACACUUUGGGUGGAGGAAUUUUCAUUAUGUGUACGAUUCAGACGAAGGUCUGUACCGAAUACAAGAAAUAAUUCGCACGUUCGAGAGUAAACGGUACAAGGCGACGGUGCGCAUGCGCCGGUUGGUUGACGUAUACAAUGCGCACGAGGAGUUGCGCGCGCUGGAUAAGCUCGGGGAAGCGGAAAACCACACAGAUCGCCUUAUCCUCCUCGACCUAUCGCGGGAGGAACACUAUCACAGUGUUCUCAAACAGAUACGAGAGGUUGGGAUGAAUAAACACGGUUAUUGUUACGUCUUAGGAACGAUGGACUUUCUAUCUCUGGAGAUGGGUCGGUACCAGCAUGGUGGUGUGAACAUAACAGGGUUCCAGUUGGUUAACUACUCUUCACCCUUUGUCCAGAAGUUCCUAGGCCUAUGGAGCGAGCUUGACCCCCACAUCUGGCCCGGUGCAGGAGACAACAGCAUACAUAUUGAUGCCGCCCUCGCUGUUGACGCCAUCACCGUGAUCCAGAAAACCCUUUCCCAACUAAUCGAGAACUCCUCCAAUGUGUUUAAGCAUACGUUUCGACGCGGGAUGGUGUACAACUAUAACCAGUCACGUGGUGUACCAUGUGACGCCGAUCCUCCAAUCCCCUGGAUGCACGGCGCAGCACUAAUGGAUGGAAUUAGAAACCUUCAUUUCAGCGGGGUUACUGGAAAUAUUGAGUUUGACGAAUAUGGAUUUAGGAAGAACUACAAGUUUGAUGUUUACAACGUGGGACUGAACAAUGGGCCAAACAAGAUCGGGGAGUGGUCGACCCGGGGAGGCGUGUACACUGACGGGGAAGAGUUUAGCAGGGUAACUAACACCUCGCACGAGGGGAAAGUUUAUGUCGUCACUUCCGUACUGGAGGCGCCAUUCUUGAUGUUAACUAAGGGUACAAGGUCUGACGGCAAGCCAUUCGUCGGCAAUGAGAGGUACGAAGGUUACUGUGGCGAGCUAACAAAGCGUGUAUUUGAAUACCUGGGAAAGUCCUACCGCUUGAAAAUAGUAGAAGACGGCUUGUACGGCCAGAAAGUCAGGGGAAGUAAUAACGAAACCACCUGGAACGGCAUGAUUGGAGAAAUACUUCAUGGGAAAGCCGAACUGGCCGUCGCCCCGCUGACGAUAACCAGCGACCGUGAGGAGACGGUAGACUUCUCCAAGCCUUUCAUGGACGUCGGAAUCUCAAUCAUGAUCAAGAAACCAGAGAUAGUCAAACCUGGAGUCUUCUCCUUUAUGCAACCAUUCACACUUGGGCUUUGGCUCUGCCUUGUGUUCGGCUAUAUUUCAGUUGGUCUUGGGAUUUUCUUAGUCAGUCGCUACAGCCAUGGUGAAUGGAAGCGGAACCGUUAUAAUGGCAAACUUGAGUAUAACAAAUUCAAUCUCGCCAAUUCUCUGUGGUUUGCGAUGGGUUCCAUGAUGCUCCAGGGCAGUGACGACGCAUGUCCAAGGUCAGCUCCUGGGCGGAUCAUCGGCGGAGCGUGGUGGUUCGCGGUAUUGAUCACAAUCUCAUCAUACACGGCGAACCUGGCCGCCUUUCUCACCAUAGAAAAGCUCCUUACGCCCAUAGAAUCUGCUGAUGACCUGGUAAAACAGACAGACAUAGCAUACGGCACUCUAGCCUCCGGCUCCACGCAGGAAUACUUUAUGACUUCCAACGUACAGACUUACAAAACGAUGUGGUAUUACAUGGAAUCUGCAAACCCUUCAGUCUUUGUCAAAAGUAUGGAAGAAGGUAUAAAACGGGUCCGGGACUCGAAGGGGAAAUAUGCGUUUCUACUCGAGUCGGUAUAUAACGAAUAUGCCAACAACCAGAAGCCUUGUAACACAAUGAAGGUCGGACAUAACCUCAACUCAAACCACUACGGCAUAGCCACUCGAAAAUAUCUUUCCCUCAGGGACGACAUCACAUUGUGUGUGUUGAAGCUGACGGAGGACGGGGUCCUUGAGAAGAUUAAGAAGAACUGGUGGGUGGACAAGGGUGAAUGUGGGUUCGCCGCCGGAAAUAGGGAGUCCAAAAAGAAGAGCCUGUCCCUCAGUAACGUGGCAGGCAUCUAUUUCAUCCUGAUUGGAGGUCUAGUGUUCGCCAUAAUCAUCGGCGUCUGCGAGUUCCUCUACAUUAAAUCUAAGCCGGGAGGUGUUCCAUCAGCAGUCCGAAAUCUGAUGGUUUACAUGAUGCCUGGUGUAGACUCACCGGACCAAACAGACGACACCACAGACAGCCAGAUAAAUCACAAGCUACAGACGAAUGGACCUGCCUCACCCGCCAACGGAAAUGCCCAAACCGUGAACUAUUUCAGCUAUGAGCCAACGUUCAGCCCACCAACUAUCUCAGUAGACCUGGACGCAAAUACGUCUGUCUGAAAAUGUCCUCUCAUUUCCAUGGUGCUAACCGAAAUCUCUCACGUGGCAUGAGGUGUCUGCGUGCUUGCCUCCCAAUGGCAAGCAAACUGUUUCUGCACGGUAGCCUGUACUGUAUCGCAGAAUAAUUGGCAGCCAAGAGCGUGUGUAUAUGGUGAUUCUGAGCUUGCUGUAGUGAAACAGAUAAAAUGAGGAACAUUAUGUUUUGCAAUAUUGUAACAAGAGAAUGGUGUGACAUUCUUUUACACAUACUUGUUAGCAUUCC